AAGAGAAGGGCUGCAUGGGGGAGUUCAGGGGGACACGGAAACCAGUGGUCCGGUGGGUCAGAUUGGAAAUUGGGUUUUAUAGCCUUUUUGCAAAGGGUUAAGAUGGUAAAUUUUUACCGUGUUUUUAAACCAAAUUUAAAAGGGCUCGCAUGCAAUCCAAGCAGGUUUCCCAGUUGCAAGUUCACAUCUAGCGUCGGGGCUCAUUCUCUCACUAAGCUCCACAGGCAGGAAGGAGUCCUGGCACCAAGGGCGCACAUAAAUCCCUGGGAAAGCACAGGUGAGCCUUUCCAGGACACUUGGGUCCGGAUGGCAUCUGCUCGGGCCACAAUCCUGCUUCCGGGUCACCGCCCUUGGCUCAUCCACCCUCCCUUUAGAAAAAGGGAGGAGCCCCUCGCUGGGGGCGGGGAGCGCCUACUGCCUGUGGGCCCCACCACUAGACGUGGCCCGUUUAAGCGCGGAGGCCCUCGGGUCACGUGGUGGGCGGGCCGGGGGCGUGGCACCAGGAAGCGGCCUCAGCGCCCGGCCGGGAUCGCCGCCGCCUCCCCCCACCCGGCGAGCCUGACUCCCCCGGCCCACGCGGCCCACGCCCCGCGCCGGCGCCUCUCGCCCCGCUCUGCUCUAAGCUGGCGGCCGCCCCCAGGGCUGCAGCUGUCGCCGCGGCGCCCGCCAUGGGCGAGGAGGACUACUACCUGGAGCUGUGCGAGCGGCCGGUGCACUUCGAGAAGGCGAACCCAGUCAACUGCGUCUUCUUCGACGAGGCCAACAAGCAGGUUUUCGCUGUUCGAUCAGGUGGAGCUACUGGGGUGGUAGUUAAAGGCCCAGAUGAUAGGAAUCCCAUCUCGUUUAGAAUGGACGACAAAGGAGAAGUGAAGUGCAUUAAGUUUUCCUGAAAUAAGAUACUGGCUGUGCAGAGGACCUCCAAGACUGUGGAUUUUUGUAAUUAUCCUGAUAAUUCUCAGCUGGAAUACACACAGGAGUGCAAGACUAAGAAUGCCAACAUACUAGGAUUCUGCUGGACCAGUUCUACUGAAAUCGUCUUUAUAACAGAUCAAGGAAUCGAAAUUCUACAGGUAUCACCUGAGAAAAGGAGCCUGAAACUCCUGAGGAGCCAUAACAUCAACGUGAACUGGUACCUGUACUGUCCCGAGAGCACUGUGAUUCUGCUGUCCACCACGGUCCUUGAAAAUGUUCUGCAGCCUUUUUAUUUUAGGGCAGGCACUAUGUCGAAGCUGCCCAAGUUUGAGAUUGAAUUACCAGCUGCACCGAAGUCAACUAAACCUAGCCUUUCUGAACGGGACAUCGCCAUGGCGACCAUAUACGGGCAGCUUUAUGUUCUCUUCCUGAGACAUCAUUCUCGGACUUCCAACAGUACAGGAGCGGAGGUGGUCUUGUAUCAUCUACCACGAGAGGGCCCGUGUAAAAAGAUGCACAUACUGAAGUUAAACAGGACGGGAAAGUUUGCCCUAAAUGUGGUAGACAACUUGGUAGUGGUCCAUCAUCAGGACACAGAGACAUCGGUAAUAUUUGACAUCAAGCUCCGGGGAGAGUUUGAUGGCACCGUGACCUUCCACCACCCAGUGCUUCCAGCCCGAUCCAUUCAGCCCUAUCAGAUCCCCAUGGCAGGUCCUGCUGCUGUGACCAGCCAGUCUCCUGUUCCGUGUAAACUCUAUUCUUCUUCCUGGAUUGUCUUUCAACCUGACAUCAUCAUCAGUGCAAGCCAAGGUUACCUCUGGAACCUCCAGGUGAAACUUCAGCCCAUAGUAAAUCUCUUGCCAGAUAAAGGAAGGCUGAUGGACUUUCUUCUCCAGAGGAAGGAGUGCAAGAUGGUCAUCCUGUCUGUCUGUUCACAGAUGCUCAGGGAGUCAGACAGAGCCACACUGCCUGUGAUAGCCACCGUUUUUGAUAAACUCAACCAGGAGUAUAAAAAGUACUUGGAUGCCGAGCAGAGUUAUACAAUGGCAGUAGAAGCAGGGCAAAGCCGGAGCAACCCACCCCUCAAAAGACCUGUGCGAACCCAAGCCGUGGUGGACCAGUCAGAUGUGUACACCCAUGUGCUGUCGGCCUUCACGGAAAACAAGGAGACGCCACAUAAAUUUGUGGUGGCCGUGCUGAUGGAAUACAUUCGCUCUCUGAACCAGUUUCAGAUCACAGUACAGCACUAUUUACAUGAACUUGUCAUCAAGACACUUGUCCAGCACAACCUCUUUUACACGCUCCACCAGUUCCUACAGUAUCAUGUGCUCAGUGACUCCAAGCCUUUGGCUUGUCUGCUGCUGUCCCUAGAGAGUUUCUAUCCUCCUGCCCAUCAGUUGUCUCUGGAUAUGCUGAAGCGACUUUCAACGGCAAAUGAUGAGAUUGUAGAAGUUCUUCUGUCCAAACACCAGGUGUUAGCUGCCCUAAGGUUUAUCCGGGGUAUUGGUGGCCAUGACAACAUUUCUGCACGCAAGUUUUUAGAUGCUGCAAAGCAGACUGAAGACAACAUGCUUUUCUACACUAUAUUCCGUUUUUUUGAACAGCGUAACCAGCGUUUGCGAGGGAAUCCUCAUUUCACGCCAGGAGAGCACUGUGAAGAACAUGUUGCUUUUUUCAAACAGGUUUUUGGAGAUCAAGCUCUAAUGAGGCCUACAACAUUCUGAAAUCACUUCCUAGGCUUUUUUAUAUAAAAAUGUGUACAAAGUUAAUUUAUUGCAUUAAUAAAGCUCUUUAAACUA